GAAAAUUUCAAGAGAAUUCGCCCAUGUAUAAAAUCAUGAGAUUUCGACAUUUGGCAACACUGAUUCGUUAAUAUAAAAAUACAAAAAUUUUUCCCCGCCGUUCUCAAGUCCAUUCCUAUUUUGAACUGCAUGUAUGUAAGAUCGUUCUUUGUAAAGUGUUACUGAUACAAUGUGCGACAUAAAAGUAUUGGAUGGUGGUAUCUCGACACAAUUAGCGUUACACGUGGGUGACAGGAUCGAUGGUGAUCCAUUAUGGACAGCACGUUUUUUAGCCACAACUCCAGAGGCUGUCUAUAAAACACAUUUGGAUUUUUUAAGAGUCGGUUCCGAUAUAAUAGAAACAAAUACUUAUCAAGCUUCGAUCGAGGGAUUCAUGAAAUACUUGGGAGUUACUAAAGAUGAAAGCACUAAAUUAAUUUACAAAGCUGUUGAAUAUGCUAAAAAAGCUGUGGAAACUUAUCUUGAAGAAAUAAAAAAUAAUCCAAACGUACCUAAUCCUAAACCAUUAAUUGCUGGAUCCUGUGGACCAUAUGGUGCUGCAUUACAUGAUGCUUCGGAGUACACUGGUCACUAUGGAGCUCAUGUAUCUUCACAAGUUAUGAAAGAUUGGCACAGGCCAAGGAUCUCAAUUUUAUUAGAUGCUGGUGUAGAUUUAUUGGCAUUAGAAACUAUACCUUGUAAAGAAGAAGCUAAAGCAUUAAUUGAAUUAUUGAAAGAAUUCCCAAAUGCAAAGGCAUGGUUAUCCUUUUCUUGUCAAAACGGUAAAACUUUAGCAGAUGGUACAGACUUUCAAGAAAUAGCUAUGCAAUGUUAUAAAGAAGCUCAACCUGGUCAAUUAAUUGGUAUUGGCGUUAAUUGUAUUGCUCCACAAUAUGUUACCUCUUUAUUAAAAGGUAUCAAUACAGAAAAUUCUACAGAUUUUGUACCAUUGGUGGUAUAUCCCAAUAGUGGAGAAAAAUAUACAAUAGCAGAAGGAUGGAAGAAAGAUAAAGAGUACUAUCCUUUGCAUCAAUUUGUUCAUGAAUGGUUGAAUCUUGGAGUAAGAUAUAUUGGUGGAUGCUGUAGAACACAAGCUACAGAUAUAAAGAAAAUACGUACAGAAGUACAAACUUGGCUAAAAAUAAAAAAUUCUACUACUUCAUCUUCAUGAAAUUCUUUUUACAUUAAAUUCUUUUUGAUUCCUGCAUUUCUAUAAUAAGUUAAUAAUAAGAGAAUAUAUGCUAUAAGCAGGAAAUUUGAAAGAGAACAUUUUGAUAAAUUUGAUAAAUAUAUAAAAAACUAGAUAAAUAGAUAUUUCUCUGUUACUAUCAUGUGCCUUUAGGACAAUAAUUCAGCAAAUUAGAUACUUGUAACAAUUGUUGAUUUUUUAAAGUAUAUAUUGAAACUGUUUUAUAAAUAACUAAAUAUAUGUGUGUGUGUGUGUAUGUGUAUAUGUGUAUAAUGUUGAUUAUUGUAUAUAAUAUAAAAUUUGUAAUAUGGCUUCAUAG